AUGAGACUCACCACUCUUCUUUUUGCCGCGACUGCGAAUGCAAGGCUUGUGACCUGCAACGCUGGCACUGCGGGGAACGGAGGCUACGAGGCAAUUAACCUUUACAGCUACUAUUCGUGCAAUGCAAAUGUCUAUGACCCGUACAUCUUCGUUCGAGACAUCACGGUUUUGUCUCAGGAUCCUAAUGGCCACUUUGAAUGCCUGCCUGCGGGAACCCAGACGAAGGGAAGACGUUACUGUGCCCCAUGA